UAGUGAUUAUGAUCAUGAGCACCAUCUCGGCAGCAAUGUCUAUGGAGACGCUCCAAGUUCAUAACCUCUUUGCGCGUCUUCUCCUCGUCCUUGUUAUCAUCGUCCUCUUCAAACAACUACUUGCACCAUUCAAGAGACGCAGCUCGCCUUCUCUCCCGUACCCAAGAGGCCUACCCAUCGUCGGCAACCUCCACCAGCUCGGCGUGCUCCCGCACGACUCGCUCGCCGCGCUGGCCACCAAGCACGCGGCGCCGCUCAUGCUGCUCCGCCUCGGCUCGGUGCCUACGCUCGUUGUGUCCUCCGCCGACGCGCUGCGCGCCGUGUUCCAGCCCAACGACCGGGCCCUGUCCGGCCGCCCGGCUCUGUACGCGGCCACCAGGAUCACCUACGGCCUGCAGGAUAUCGUCUUCGCGCCCCCGGACGGCACGUUCUGGCGCGCCGCGCGCCGCGCGUCACUGUCGGAGCUCCUCGGCGCCCCACGCGUGCGCGGCUUCCGCGACGUCCGGGAGGGCGAGGCCGCCGCGCUCGUCGCCGCCAUAACGGACGUGUCCAGAGCUGGCUCUCCCGUGAACUUGAGCGAUAAGCUUAUGGCAACGAGCAACAAGAUCGUGCGGCGUGUCGCCUUCGGCGACGACACCGAAGAGAGCAUCGAGGUCGGCGCUGUCCUCGAGGAGACCCAGAAGCUUCUAGGUGCUUUCUUUGUGGCCGAUUACAUGCCGUGCCUCGGGUGGCUGGACGCACUCCGUGGCCUGCGGAGGCGGCUGGAGCGGAACUUCCAUGAGCUCGACGCGUUCUACGAGAGGGUCAUCAACGACCACCUCAACAAGCGCGAGCUAUCCAAGGCGGAGGACUUGGUUGACGUGCUUCUCCGCCUGCACGACGAUCCGGUUCACCGGAGCACGUUCGGCAGCCAUAGCCAGAUCAAAGGCAUCCUUACGGACAUGUUCAUUGCCGGAACCGACACGGCGGCGGCUACGGUGGAAUGGACGAUGACGGAGCUAGUCAGGCACCCGGACGUCCUCGCCAAGGCGCAGCAAGAGGUGCGCAGCGUCGUGGCCGACAGACACAUGGCCCGGGAGCCCGACCUCCCGCGGCUCCAGUACCUGAAGCAAGUCAUCAGGGAGUCCAUGCGGUUGCACCCACCGGCGCCGCUCCUGGUGCCUCGUGAAACCAUAGAACCAUGCACGGUGAACGGCUGCGAGAUACCGGCCAAGACACGGGUGAUCGUCAACGCGAAGGCCAUCGGCCUGGACCCCGACGCGUGGGGGCCGGACGCGGCGCUGUUCAUGCCGGAGCGGCAUGAGGAGGUCGUGGACCUCAGCGACCACAAGCCGUGGCACGACAGCUUCGCGCUCGUGCCGUUCGGGGUCGGCCGGAGGAGCUGCCCCGGCGUGCACUUCGCGACGGCCGUGGUCGAGCUGCUGCUGGCAAACUUGUUGUUUUGCUUUGACUGGCGCGCGCCGCCGCAUGUCAAGGUGGACGUGGAGGAGGAGAGCGGGUUGACGGUGCACAGGAAGAACCCUCUCGUGCUCGUGGCUGAAAGAAGAUGCGUGCAGUGAUGUGAUACGUUCGGUUUUACACGAUAAGGAUGUUUUGUCUGUUCCCGAUGUAUCACUUGACCUUGACUUGCGCUUCCUCAGUGGUUACCGAGAAACAUUGUGAAAUUGAGAAUGGGCAAAUGUUGUAAAACUACGAAGAUAUCUUUUUUUCUAUGCAGUGGACCUCACAUGCCUAAACAAAUCUAGAUGGAUGUAGUUUAAUUUUGAUGGUGAACUUGUUAUUCAUCAUGCGACUUUAGAUGUUAUUGCCUCUCGGUUUGGGUCUGCUAUCAUGAUGAAAUUGUUAGUUGAUUUGGA